AUGGCUGCAGUGGUACAGGUGGUGCCCCUUAAUCUUCUGCAUAUGCAGCCAGUACAGCGGGGAUUGCUGGGUUUGGGCUUGAAGCCACAAACUUUGCACCAGAUGAAGGUGUUGGUUUCCAGAGAGUUUCUCAGCCCUCCGCUGGUGGUCCAAUCAAAUAUUCGCGCUCCCAUGAAUUCAUCGUUUGGUCAAAAUGGGUCAUCUUAUGUCCGCUACUCAGACUCAUUCAGCACGGCUAUAGCCAAAAAUGUAAUGGUUGUUCUGCUUGGAAUUUCUAUUAAUUACUUAAAUGGGACUCUCAUUCACACCUUCAGAAAACACCAGGUCUUUUAUCACAACCCUCGCUACAUCCUCUUCAUUCAUCUGGUGGUGAAUGACAUGAUCCAGCUCACCACUGCCAUCACUCUAUUUGUGUGUGCCUAUGUUUUCUACACCAUCAACACAUUUUUAUGUUGUAUUAUUCUUGCAUUUGCUGUUUGCACAACACUCAACUCUCCUCUGAACUUAGCAGUGAUGGCGGUGGAGUGCUAUAUCGCAGUAUGCUUCCCCCUUCAGCACCCCCAGUUGUGCAAUAUUAAAAAUAUUUACAUAGUGAUUGGAUGUAUGUGGGCUUUGAGCAUAUUGUCAUUUUUACCAGACAUAUUUUUUCUUGCGGCAACUGAUCCUGCCCUAUUCUUCUCCACAGUUUUAUGUGAGAUGACACAUUUGAUUCAUAAUCCUAUUAUGGUAAAAAAGAGAGAAGUCAUAUUUGCAAUGUGUCUUAUUGGUGUUUGGCUUGUUCUGAUUUAUUCUUACAUCCAGAUAUUUUUAGUUGCCAGAUCAGCAAAAAUAACAAAUAGUGAUGCCAAAAAGGCCAGAAAUACCAUUUUGUUGCACAGUUUUCAGCUUCUUCUGUGCAUGUCAACGUAUGUCUUUUCCAUUGUCCAACAACUUGUUUUGAUUUUGUUCCCAAGAAUAUAUCUCCACUUCCUCUUUGUGUGGUAUAUAUUAUUACAAAUCCUCCCCAGGUUUCUGAGUCCCAUUGUGUAUGGGCUGCGAGAUAAUAUGUUUAGAGAACAUUUGAAGAAGCAUCUCUCCUGCAUUGGCACACAAUAA